AUGGACCGCACCGAUGAGGAAAACCGCCCGGGGCCCGAUGACUCGAACACCAGCCCCGAGACCAUCGACCUGGAGGUUUUGGGCCGUAAGAGGCCAGAUGUCUUCCCAAACACCUUUUACGAGGUGUUGUUCUGCGGCGCCCUGCUGGUGUCGAUGUUGAUGUCGGAAUUCUUCAUCUCUGGCUUUAACAUCAUCCUGCCCAGUGUGUCAGAAGCCCUGGAUAUCCCCAAGAGCGCUCAGACAUGGCCUUCCAGUGUCUUCUCACUCGUCACUGGCGCCUUUCUACUCCCAUUCGGCCGCCUGGCUGACAUCUACGGCGCCUACCAUGUCUUUAACAUCGGCUUGGUGUGGUUCUCCGUCUGGAGCCUGAUCUCUGGCUUCAGUACCAACUACAAGAUGCUGAUUGUUGCCCGUGCUCUCGGCGGUUUGGGCCCUGCAGCCUUUCUCCCGACCAGCAUCAUGCUGAUGGGCAAGACUUACCGCCCGGGACCCCGGAAAAACCUUGUCUUUGGUCUGUAUAGCGCCUUUGCUCCGAUCGGCUUCUUCAUUGGUAUCAUUGUGGGAGGCGCUGUAACCCAGUUUUUGUCGUGGAGAUGGUACUUCUGGCUGGGCUGCAUCGUUACCUUCCUUGUCUGCGGCGCCUCGUAUCUCACCAUCCCCAGAGAUCGCAAGCAAACCAUGCUAGAGAACUCUCAUGUCCGCAUGGAUUGGUGGGGUGUCAUUACCAUCAUCCCAGCCCUUAUCCUAGCUACAUUCGCCAUAACUUAUGGAGCCCAUGCCCCCAACGGCUGGAAGACGCCGUACAUCAUUGUCACUUUUGUUAUUGGUGUUCUUUUGCUAUUUGCUUUUAUUUAUGUCGAAGGUUGGGUUUCUGAGCAACCACUGUUACCCUUCGAUUUGUUUUCGCCCAAGUAUAUGGGCCGGAUGACCGUUGCUUUGUUCUUUGCUUAUGGCGUCUUUGGUAUCUUUUUGUUCUAUGCUAGUUUUCACAUUUCUGACUACAUGGGAGCGUCUGCCCUGAAAACGGCCGUCUGGUUCGCCCCCAUGGCGGCUGGUGGUGUUGUGCUCGCCACAGUUGGCGGUUUCACUCUCCAUCUCCUCCCCGGUAGGCUCUUGCUCAUCAUCUCUGGCUCUGGGAGUCUUGCUACAUGCAUCCUGUUUGCCCUAGCGCCGAGGGAUGGCAAUUACUGGGCCUUCAUCUUCCCUGCCAUGCUCGGGGCCACUAUUGGUGUCGACAUCACUUUUAUCGUAAGCAAUGUCUUUAUCACGACCAAUGUUGCUCGGCAUCGGCAAGGCUUGGCCGGUGCUCUGAUUAACAGCCUCUUGUUUUUGGGUAUCAGUUUCUUCCUUGGUCUUGCCGAUCUCGUUGUCGCCGAGGAUGAGAACCGGGGCGGCACUCUGGGCCACAAGGUGGCUUUUUGGUUUGCCACGGCCUCAGCUGCUGUGGUUCUCGUCAUUUUUGCUACCAUCAAGAUCGGCAAGGCCGAGAGCGACCUCACUGUUGAGGAGCGCAUGCAGCGGGCUGCUGCGCAGGGGUCCGAAAAGACCGAACCUCUCAGUGAUGCCAUGGAAAGCAGCGACUUGACAAAUAAAUAG